UGGAAGCCCUGGGGCGGUGGCCACGGAGCGCGGGCGGCGCGCCGGGGCAGGCCCCUGGCUCGCUGACUUCCAGCAGGGCACAGAAGCAAGCCAGCGACAGUCUCAUCUGUAAAAUGGGCCUGGAGCCGGGCGUUCUCCGAGGCUGAGGCCACUAGCUGAUGACCGGCCUCCGGCAGGAGGGAGCCGAGCCAGUGUUUCUGUUGGGAGGCACGGCGGGGACGGGCCUCUCGUCGCCUCGCCUGGGCACCCAGCGUCCUGGCUCUGGCCCCUCGGCCCUCAGAGCCAGGCCUCUGCCCUGGUCCUAUGGACACCGGGCAGGGCGGUUCGUCUCCCCCUGGAGAGGCGCGGGGAGGCCUGAGCCAGACCUGGCCAGUCCACUGGCCAGGAGGCUCCUUCCAGAACCCCUUGCACCUGUGAGGCAGGCACAACCCUCCCGGGUGCCAGCGGUUGACCCACUGCUUCCGAGAACAUCAUGAAAUCCAACAUUGACAAGAAGUUCUCUGCGCACUACGACGCGGUGGAGGCAGAGCUCAAGUCCAGCACCGUGGGUCUCGUGACCCUGAAUGACAUGAAGGCCAAGCAGGAGGCUCUGGUGAAGGAGCGGGAGAAGCAGCUGGCCAAGAAGGAGCAGUCCAAGGAGCUGCAGAUGAAGCUGGAGAAGCUUCGAGAGAAGGAGCGUAAGAAGGAAGCCAAGCGGAAGAUCUCCAGCCUGUCCUUCACCCUGGAGGAGGAAGAAGAGGGAGGCGAGGAGGAAGAGGAGGCGGCCAUGUAUGAGGAGGAGAUGGAAAGGGAAGAGAUCACCACAAAGAAGAGAAAACUGGGGAAGAACCCAGACGUUGACACAAGCUUCUUGCCUGAUCGAGACCGUGAGGAGGAGGAGAAUCGGCUUCGGGAAGAGCUGCGGCAGGAGUGGGAAGCCAAGCAGGAGAAGAUCAAGAGUGAGGAGAUCGAGAUCACCUUCAGCUACUGGGAUGGCUCUGGGCACCGGCGGACAGUCAAGAUGAGAAAGGGCAACACCAUGCAGCAGUUCCUGCAGAAGGCGCUCGAGAUCCUUCGGAAAGACUUCAGUGAGCUGAGGUCUGCAGGGGUGGAGCAGCUCAUGUACAUCAAGGAGGACUUGAUCAUCCCUCACCAUCACAGCUUCUACGACUUCAUCGUCACCAAGGCACGGGGGAAGAGUGGACCACUCUUCAACUUUGAUGUUCAUGACGAUGUGCGGUUGCUCAGUGACGCCACUGUGGAGAAGGAUGAGUCCCACGCAGGCAAGGUGGUGCUGAGGAGCUGGUACGAGAAGAACAAGCACAUCUUUCCCGCCAGCCGCUGGGAACCCUACGACCCUGAAAAGAAGUGGGACAAGUACACGAUCCGCUGAGCAUCCAGGAGGCUGCGCGGCCCCGGCCCCUCAGCUCCCUCAGUGUGCCCCGUGGUGUCCCCGGGACUCCAGGCACCCGCUCCCCUGCGACCAUGCCAGGCACGCUGGGAGGAGGACGGCAGCUGCUCGUGUCCUGCCCCUGCCACAUCAGUGACUGCUUUAUUCUUUUCCAAUAAAGAAGUGCACGUGUCAGAGCUGGAGCGCCUGCAUCGUGAGAAACCA